UGUCGGAAUGGGAGGCGAGUGCUGUAAAGUAGUUUUGGCCGUCAUUUUCCCGCCGUUCGGUGUGUGCGCGGAGUCGGGCUGUGGUUGCGAUCUAUUGAUCAAUAUAUUGCUCACAUGUCUGGGUUGGCUGCCGGGUGUCAUUCAUGCAAUGUAUCUUAUUUUUGGCAGAGAAAAGCAUCAUCACUACCAUCAGGGAAAUGCAGCU